UUCCCCCUUUCUUCUUGGAGUCCUUUCCUUAACAUACCUACACCAUUUCUAUCUAUAAAUACAUACUCAAUCAAUCACCAUGGAUCACCAACAAAACAGAGCUUCUAACUACAGCCAUGGAUUUGGAAGCAGCCGCCGAUAUCUUUGUCCUACCAUUCCUUGGUCAAGGUCAUCUCUUCCCAGCUAUGGAGCUCUGCAAGAAUCUCUCUUCUCAUCGUUACAAUGUUACCCUCAUCAUCCCUUCUCACCUUUCCUCAUCUAUACCCUCCACCUUUACCAACCACUCCUCUUUUAUUCAUGUCGUCGAAAUCUCCGUCUCGUCGCCACCGGAGACGGCCGACGAACCCGGAUCUGGAAAAAAGGAGGUUCCGCCACCAGCUCCUAUGGGGAACCCGCUUCACAAUCAGAACAUACAGAUGGGUGAAGGAAUCAAGUCGUUCUUGUCCACAGGAUCCGGAGUCCGACCCACGUGUGUUGUGAUUGACGUCAUGAUGAGCUGGAGCAAGGAGAUUUUCGUAAAUCACGAGGUCCCGGUGGUGUCUUUCUUCACUUCCGGCGCAAUCGCAUCCACCAUGGAUUACGGGAAGUGGAAGGCACAGGUAGGAGACAUGAAGCCAGGUGAGAUCCGAGUGAUUCCCGGCUUGCCUACACAAAUGGCUGUGACUUUUGCAGAUCUAAGCAGAGGUCCCCGAGGAAAACCACAACGAUCGAACCGGCCUGCCGAUGGAAACACCGGACCGCCUAGUGGAUUUAGGGGCCGUGGUCCGCCUACACCAGGCCAGAAGCCACGUUGGCUGGACGAGGUGGAUGGCUCGGUGGCCUUGCUCAUCAACACCUGUGAUCAUCUUGAACGUUUAUUCAUCGAUUACCUCGCUGAACAAACCAAGCUUCCGGUCUGGGGCGUCGGGCCACUGCUACCGGAACAGUUUUGGAAAUCAGCUGGUUCAAUCCUCCAUGAUCACGACAUGAGAUCAAACCACAAAUCCAAUUACACAGAAGAUGAGGUGAUCCAAUGGUUGGAAUCAAAGCCAUAUGGAUCCGUAAUCUAUAUCUCAUUUGGGAGUGAGGUUGGACCCUCGAUUGAAGAGUACAAAGAACUAGCCAAAUCGUUGGAAGAAUCAAAGCAGCCAUUCAUUUGGGUGAUCCAGCCAGGUUCCGGUAAAUCCGGCGUUCCACGAUCCUUCCUUGGGGGAGCUCAUACUGACACCGAAGAAGAAGAUGAAGAAGAAGGAUACUAUCCUGAAGGGUUAGACGUGAAAGUCGGGAAGAGAGGUUUGAUCAUCACGGGAUGGGCACCACAGCUGCUGAUUCUGAGCCACCCAUCUACCGGCGGCUUCUUAUCACAUUGUGGGUGGAACUCAACCGUGGAGGCCAUCGGCCGCGGGGUACCGAUCUUGGCGUGGUCAAUCCGUGGUGAUCAGUUCGACAAUGCAAAACUGGUUGCGAAGCAUCUGAAGAUAGGGCACAUUAUAUCGAAUGAGGAUGGGCGGCAUGGAAAGUUGAAAAGGGAUGAUAUAGCAGCCGGAAUUGAGAAACUUAUGAGUGAUGAAAAGGUACGUAAUCAAGCCAAGGAACUUAGCAAAGAAUUCGAGAGUGGAUUUCCGGUGAGUUCUGUGAAUGGAUUGGGUGCUUUUGUGGAGUUUAUCAGCUCAAAAGCAACAUGAUUGACUUUAUGUAUAUACAUACAUUCAUGUAUGAAUUUCUUCAUCAUUUUUCUCUCAAA